UCAGUGCGGAGAGUGAGGACAGGAAAGCAAGGAGGGUAGCACUACUGAAGCAGAAGCAGUAAGAGCUCAGAUAACGACAGAAAGGCGAUAGAACGCUCCGCUACGUGCAACACCACUGAGAUUACUUACAAGAUGCUGAGCACAGCUUUGUUGUGUAUUUGUGCCGUAGCCUGCAGUCAGGUUGUCGGGGCAGCAGCCAGGUCGGACACCGCCAAUUUUCUGGAUGAUAAAUGGCUCACUGGACGUUGGGAUAAAUUUAGAGACGAGGUUGAGGAACCUGGGACAUGGAAUCCUGGAAAACCUUUUGAUCAAGCUUCUACAAUUCUAUGGUCAGAUGUGCAUAUUUUAUCCCAUCAAGCUCUGGACCCCACCAGAGAUCCCUGCUUAAAGGUUAAAUGUAGCCGUCAUAAAGUGUGUGUGGCCCAGGACUACCAAACAGCAAAUUGCGUUAGUCAAAGAAGGAUGACACACAGUAUGAAAGAAGGGGUGCUUACGCAGAAGCCAGGAUCUUCAAAAUGCAAGCAAUGUUCAUUUGUCCAUCCUUCUCCGGUUUGUGGAACAGACGGCCAUACCUACUCCACAAAGUGCAAGUUGGAAUACCAAGCAUGUAUUUCAGGGAAACAGAUCUCAAUGAAGUGCCCUGGGUAUUGUCCCUGCCUUUCAAAUAAGUCAAAGAAUAAAGUGGAAAAGAAGACUUGCAGUGACAUGGAGCUCAGGGAAGUGGUCAGCAGGUUGAGAGACUGGUUCAAAGUGCUGCACGAAAAUGGAAGCCAGAACAAAAAAGUCAAGAUCCAAAGACCGGAAAGGAGUCGCUUUGAUACAAGUAUUUUACCUAUUUGCAAGGACUCUCUAGGAUGGAUGUUUAACAGACUGGACACAAACUUUGACCUUCUGCUGGAUCAAUCAGAGCUUGCAAGUCUAUAUCUUGACAAAAAUGAACAUUGCACCAAGUCAUUCUUCAACUCCUGUGACACUUACAGAGAUGGUCUGAUAUCCAAUAAUGAAUGGUGUUCUUGCUUCCAAAGACAACAAGACCCCCCAUGUCAGACGGAACUCUCCAGCAUUCAAAGACAGCAAGCUGGAAAGAAAUUCCUAGGGUUGUACAUACCUUCCUGUGAUGAAGAUGGAUACUAUACAUCUACUCAGUGUCAUGGAAGUAUUGGUCAGUGCUGGUGUGUCGAUAGAUAUGGAAAUGAAAUAGUUGGAUCCAGAACACAUGGACCUUUAGACUGUGGGGUUGACGUGGAUGCUUCUGGUGACUUUGGCAGUGGACAUUUCCAUGAACUGUCUGAUGACGAAGAUGGGGAGGUAGACAUACUAAACGAUGAAGAUGAAAUUGUUGAUGAUGAUGAAGAUGAGGGAGAUGACGAAGACGAUGAAGAAGGAUACAUAUCAUAGUCCUAACCCUUUCCAAGCUUGUUUUUUGUUCAAAUUGCACGUUUCUAAGGCAAAAGUCCCUUUCAGAUUACUUACCAUACUAACAUCACAAAGAUUGCAAUCAACAUGUAUACUUUGUAUUAUUUAACUUUUCCAUUGACACUCUGAUAUUCCCUGUCCUUUUUCCAAAUUCGAUUCCUACAAGAAGUCGUGCUGUAAGAGCACCUUCUGCAUAAAAUUAACAUAACCAAAUCAAGAAGACAUACUUGAGAUGGCACUCAAAAAUAAAAGUGAAAACACUUUCACUUGAAGAGCUGCAUAAUUACACAGACUCCGUGUUUACAAUACAUGUAGAAGAUAUUUUUUCUGAAAACGCGAUAGAGAUUUUUUUUUCAAUUUUUUGUCUGGGCCCAUGUUUUUUUCCCUGUGACAAAUUAAUGUUAUUAUUAUCCUUACUUACGUUACUAUGUUCCAAGACCUGUAUCUAGUUUUCUCUGCUUUAUCUGUUUAAGUUCUUGUAUUAUAGCGGAACAAACCACUUAUUACUAUAAUUAAAAUAAGUCUUAAAAAACA